AUGGCGGCAGAGCCCAGGGGCAGCGCUGGAGGGGACGGAGCCGGACCGGCCAGACGUCCUUGGAACGACCUUGAGCACCACAGCCGGGAGCAGAUGUUAUGUAAGUGGGCAGCCAGGAGCCACGCUAGUGGUCUAAUUCCAUUCUCCAUUAAUUGGCUGUGCCCACUUGUGCCACCGAGUCUGAUUGGGUGGAUCGGCGACGACGAUCAUCCCGCCUUUCACUUUUUUGCAGCAAACCGGAAGCGCGCGCCAUGUUUAACAAGGCGGCAGGCACACAGCGAGCAAAGCCCGCGCAAACGCCAGGACGUCCUUAACCACGAGCCAAGACCUUCCUUAUAUGUCCCUGCGGCAAAACCUGUCUGA